CGUCGCUAUGCACUGGGAUAUGUUCACUAUCAACCGUACAGUAAACACCAGUUCAGUUUUACUAAACACAGAAAAAUGAAACUGUCGGGUCUAACGUUGACUUUCGCCGUCAUCUUUAUGCUGGCGGCCAUGUACAAUACUGUGCAAGCAAAAGCAUUAGCUGUCGCUGCACCCUGGGCCGAUGCUGACGCUGCACCCUCGGCCGAUGCUGACGCUGCACCCUCGGCCGAUGCUGACGCCGCACCCUCGGCCGAUGCUGACGCUGCACCCUCGGCCGAUGCUGACGCUGGACCCUGGGCCCAUGCUGACGCUGGACCCUGGGCCGAUGCUGACGCUGCACCCUGGGCCGAUGCUGACGCUGCACCCUCGGCCGAUGCUGACGCUGCACCCUCGGCCGAUGCUGACGCUGCACCCUCGGCCGAUGCUGAUGCUGGACCUUGGGCCGAUGCUGACGCUGGACCCUCGGCCGAUGCUGACGCUGCACCCUCGGCCGAUGCUGACGCUGGACCUUGGGCCGAUGCUGACGCUGGACCCUCGGCCGAUGCUGACGCUGGACCCUCGGCCGAUGCUGACGCUGGACCCUCGGCCGAUGCUGACGCUGGACCCUCGGCCGAUGCUGACGCUGGACCCUCGGCCGAUGCUGACGCUGGACCCUCGGCCGAUGCUGACGCUGGACCCUGGGCCCAUGCUGACGCUGGACCCUGGGCCGAUGCUGAUGCUACUAACUGUGAUGGUAAGAGCCCCCCUGCCUGCCAUGGUUAAGCCAACGCUAGACCUCUUGCUAAUGCCAACGCUGGACCCUAUGCCGAUGACGAUACUAUCGAUCUUAUGAAAGAAGUGAUGAAUGCAACGAAGUAAUACGUAAAUAAAUAAUAAUAUUCGAUACUAAUAUUAGUGAAACAACUCCAGCUAUGUAAAGGAAAGUAUUGAAGAAAUAUGGGUCAGCUAUUUUGUUGAAGAAUAAAAUUUUCUGCAAUCAUAAA